UCCUCCUUCGAAUCCUAAGAUGGUUGACCACCUUGGCAGUCGCUACGGCGCCUCACGCCAACGUUUACGGGUGAAUUUCGUCUCUGCCUUUGCAACGGAGCUCGUCUGCUUCGAGAAGGGCCUGUCGUCUGCUUUCUCGCGACCUGCUAAUUCGUCGUCUGCUGCGGAUCAAUCUUGCUGCAGCGUGUGUCGGCGCGAUGUGCACUGACCUCGGACUUUUGGAUCGGUAAACACAGCAUGACCGGCGAAGUGUAGAGCAGCAACUCGUGAGGUACAUCUUUACAUUGAGAAGACAUCUGUGACGUAGCAAGCAACCUGCUGGGACCGGCGGCGUUGGAGACAAACUGGUGCUCCGUGACUUGGAGUCGGGGGCCCUGGGGAGCAAGAACCCUGAAGGGGCCCCCUAUCGUGUUCUGCUACCCGCUUCGUCCAUCACCGCUACUGAGUCGACUUCUUCGUGGAACCCAUUUUACCGGUGCUUGUGUCGCGGAGUCAAACUGAAACAGCGCCUCCUUUCGACGAUCUUACUUGUUGCCUGUGCUCUAGUCUUCGUCGGCCUCGUCCACAGGUCACGUGGACCCGAUGAGAUCUUCCUCAGUCACCAGCGGUUCUUCGCUGCUCCGCCGCUUGAUCGUCAGGCCGCGCCGGAUCAGGCGAGGUUUGGCCACAAGAAACUCCUCAACAAAGUAUCGCACGAGGGAACGUCUGCAAAGUCCCUGCAAGCAGACGACUCCGGCGCGCAUCCUCCUGAAUCCCUACGGAAAGCCACUUCUAAAACGUCAAAGCCGACGGUCCAGGAGCUAGCACCAGAUCUCUUCGAGGACUUGAUGGCCCUUGUGCUGAACCCUCGCGUACGUCACAGUGGCGCCCUGCCGAAUACGUCGCGGUACAACCCUACCAUCGGGCACCUGCUCGACAUUGAGAUCACGCCAAACAUGACCUUCUGGGAGAAGUUCCAGACAAGCAUAUCACGUGACUACCUCUACGCUGCCAAUUCGGAUUUGGUGGACAACUUACUCCGCGACAUAGCAACCAUGCCAAUCGUUCACGUUGGAUUAAAGGAGGGCGGGACGCAGCUGAAAUUGCUGAUCGACUACGAAAAUGGGGGCCAAGCGCUUUUCAAACCUAUGAGAUUUCCUCGGGAUCGCGAGACAGAACCGAAUCAUUUUUACUUUGUCGACUUCGAGCGACACAACAGUGAGAUUGCAACCUUCCAUCUGGACCGGGUGCUGGGAUUUCGUCGUGCUCCGCCGGUUGUAGGGAGAGUUCUGAACAUGACGUCAGAGAUCUACGCCAUAGCGGAUGACGCUAUUCUCAAAACAUUCUUCGUUUCGCCUGCCAAUAACUUAUGCUUCCAUGGACGAUGUAGCUACUACUGUGACACGGCCCAUGCCAUCUGUGGCCAUCCAGACACACUAGAAGGCAGCUUUGCGGCAUUUCUUCCAUCGAAAGAACUAGCGCCCCGUAAGGUGUGGAGGCACCCCUGGAGACGGUCAUACCAUAAGCGACGGAAAGCUUCGUGGGAGAUCGACGAUGAGUACUGCAAUAAAGUGAGGGAGACGCCACCUUACAACAGAGGUCGUCGGCUACCGGAUCUCAUGGAUAUGUCUAUACUGGACUUCUUGAUAGGAAACAUGGAUCGGCACCAUUACGAAGUGUUUCGAAUUUUCGGAAACAAUUCUUCACCCGUCCAUUUAGAUCACGGCAGAGGGUUCGGGAAAGCCAACCACGAUGAACUGAGCAUCCUCGCUCCCGUUUACCAGUGUUGCCUGAUGAGGCAGUCGACACUUCGUCGUCUUCUCGAACUUCACAACGGACCUCAUCGUCUGAGUGAGGUUAUGCGCGAGUCACUCAAAGGUGAUCCCGUGGACCCCGUUUUAACGGAACCGCAUCUCCUGGCGCUCGAUCGACGAUUACGUAUCGUGCUAGAAGUGAUAAGGGAGUGCAUAUCCGAAAGGACGGCUGAGGAAGUCAUCGUAUGGGACGUCGCUUAGCCGUCAAAUCUGUGUGUUGUGCAACUUUUGAAAAUAGACAACUAUGGUAAUUAAUUAAGGUAGUGUAAACAGCCGGCACGAACUGGGACAUUCUGCCGCAUUGAGCGCGUGCGGGUGAAGCUAUCAGCGUGGUCGAUAUCAUCAGUUUGCUGAUAUGGCGGUUGAAAUGUAUUGUGGUGGUGAUCGUGGUGUGAAGAGACAAUGAUAGGACGUAUCAUAUCACAUCAUAUCAGUAGACUUAAAGUGUGGAUAAGGCCGGUUUCACACUCCCGUAUUCGUCGUCCGUUUGCCUCAAGAACAGAACUUGGAAGGCAAUCGAGCUCCGUAGGUUCCAGUGGGGCCGUUUUGGCUCCUUUAAAAACACGGUCGAGAGAAACGUCAGUGUGAAAUGUAGCCUUCGUAACAGCCGUUACGAAUCUUAUCGGUAUCGCUCGAGAUUACAAAAUAAUUUGUUGUUGACAUAUGCUACAUAUCAGGUCAGUACAACGUGUUAAAAUUUCGAAAUAUUUUAAUAAGGAACUGGUUAAUUUAUUGUAAAUGUGUUUUAAAUGUUGUACGAGAUCUUUAUCGGCAGGUGUGCAGCUUUCUAUUGAUAAGACUGCAGCGUUUUAGCUGGUAAUAAUGGUUGCUGCAUUAUAUGUGUCCAGAGGGGAAGGCUUUCAUGAGAAAUGAGCUGUCCUAAGUCCCUCCCUAUAGCCUUCCUUUUAUCAGUUUAGUGAUAAGGGUACCCUGCCCUGUUUAUGAAGCUGUAAGUUGUUAUAUUUUAUCACAUGUUCUCAAUAUGAUAUACUUUAUUAUACAAAGUUGUUUUUGUUUAGAUGGGAUACGAGGUUUAUUGGCAAUAAUAUAGCACCCUUUACAGCUCUACAUACAUGAUAAAGCAACACUGAGGCACGUACACAAUGCGUGAUGUCGGAAGGAACUGUUUGCAGCACUACUGAUUCGUUUUUUGCUUGGAGUGUCACACGUUACCAUAGUGAUGUAGCAGUUAUGCCAUGAACAUAAACACAGAAGCAUCAAAUGGAAGCAUGCUACUGCAAUAGUUAUAAUGGUAGGAGGAUCUAUCAUGUCAGAAGUGGCGUGAAGAACCUUCUCAGUAAGUUGUAACAAGAAUCCUUUGCACGGUCCCUCUAAAUCACGACUUCUGUCGACUCCCUUAGAUCUGGCUACUGAGGGACUUUCCAUUCGGCAUGUGGUAUUUUUCAAAAUGUGCAUACUUUUCUUGUGAUUAACAAUUUCAAGUGGGCAUAUGUAUAAGGAGACAGAUAACGAAUGCUGUGGUAACGUUACAAGGCAUUUGGAUCAAAAUAUGCAGUCGUUGUACAAGCACUAGUACAGCAUAGAAGUGUGCAAUUACCUAGAUCCUUCUUGCGUUUCCGUCACAUAUCAAGCAUGAAUAUCAUGACAGAGUUGCAUAUCAGUAACAUACCAGACCCUUUGGAGACAGUAACAACCAUUGGUUGGUGGAAGAUUCAACGUUGAAGAGACAGACCAGACAGGACUGACGUAUUUAAAAGAAUGUUUGUUUGUGUGUCGUGUUUCUUGUUGUUUGCACAAAAAGAAGAAACAGAAGGAAGAGUAAAAAAAUAUUUAUUUAAACAGUA